UUGUAGAGACGACGGCUGCUCGCUGCUCCUGGAGCGCAGCAAGGCUCCAGAAAUUGAAUUUGAUCGAUUGAAUUUCCAUUCAAAUGGAUUUCGAAGCGGCUUACGGGCGAUAAAGUAGUAGCAGCAUAAUUUAAGACAUAGCAGAGAAUCACGAGUUCAGCCAAAAUCAUACAAAACGAUUAACAAAUCAUCAAUAAAACAGUUGCAAUCUACGGAACGCUAGGAACAAAACAGCAACUGAAAAAUAACCUGAACUUCAGAAUUACAACCGAAGUUGUAUACUAUUAUUAACAAAGCAGUAUUAUCUAUAAAACAGCAACCACAUUGUAGGAGGAGGGUGCUGCGCCAUGUUUGCCGGGCUGCAGGAGCUCGGAGUGGCUAACGGGGAAGACUUGAAGGAGACGCUGACCAACUGCACGGAGCCGCUCAAGGCCAUCGAGCAGUUCCAGACAGAAAAUGGCAUCCUCCUGCCAACUCUUCAGUCCGCCUUGCCAUUCCUGGACCUCCACGGCACCCUCAGGCUUGAGUUCCACCAGUCUGUGUUUGAGGAGCUGAGGGAGAAACUGCUGGAGAGGGUCUCGGCCAUUGCCUCUGAAGGAAAGGCUGGAGAAAGAUACAAGCAGCUGGAAGACCUCCUGGAGAAGAGCUUUCCCUUGGUCAAGGUACCAUCAAUCCAACCUGUGGUGAUGUGUGUCAUGCAACACCUGCCCAAGGUGCCAGAAAAAAAGCUGAAGCUGGUGAUGACUGACAAGGACCUGUACAAAGCAUGUGCCGUGGAGGUGAAGCGUCAGAUUUGGCGGGAUAACCAGGCCUUGUUUGGUGACGAGGUGUCCCCUCUGCUGAAGCAGUACAUCCUGGAGAAGGAGAAUGCCUUGUUUAGCGGCAACCUCUCUGUCCUGCACAACUUCUUCAGCCCUACUCCCAAAAUGAGGCGCCAAGGAGAUGUGGUGCAGAAGCUCACCCAAAUGAUCGGGAAGAACGUGAAACUCUACGACAUGGUGCUGCAGUUCCUGCGGACCUUGUUCCUUCGGACACGCAAUGUCCAUUACUGCACAUUGCGGGCAGAGCUCCUGAUGUCACUGCAUGACCUAGAUAUCAGCGAGAUCUGCUUGGUUGACCCCUGUCACAAGUUUACCUGGUGCCUGGAUGCCUGCAUUAGAGAGAGGUUUGUGGACAACAAGCGGGCCCGAGAGCUGCAAGGCUUCCUCGAUGGAGCGAUGAAAGGGCAAGAGCAAGUCCUGGGGGAUUUAUCCAUGAUACUGUGUGAUCCAUUUGCCAUCAACACCUUGGCUCUGAGCACCAUCCGCCACCUGCAAGAACUGAUUGGGCAGGAUAUGUUACCUAGGGAAAGCCCCGAUCUUCUGCUUCUCCUGAGAAUGUUGACACUGGGACAGGGAGCCUGGGACAUGAUUGACAGUCAGAUCUUUAAGGAGCCCAGAAUGGAAGUAGACUUGAUUACCAAGUUCCUGCCGCUGUUGAUGACCUUUGUGGUGGAUGACUACACAUUUACCGUCGAUCAGAAGCUGCCUUUGGAAGGCAAGGGCCCAGCACCUUACCCCACCACAAUCCCAGAUAUAUUACCCAAAUUUAUGCAAGAGCACUGGAUUGCCUGCCAGAUUGGGCUCUACUACGUGCUUCACAUCACCAAGCAGAGGAACAAGAACGCUCUUCUCCGGCUGCUCCCCACGCUUGGGGAGACAUUCAGUGAUCUGGCCUUCAGUGACAUCUUCCUGCACCUGCUCACCAGCAACCUCACUCUCCUCAGUGACGAGUUCACUCAAGAGGAGUUCUGCACUAGCCUUUUUGAUAACUUCUUCCUCACCGCCUGCUUGAGGAAGGAGAAUGUACAUAGACACAUGCUGAGGCUCCUGCUUCACCUCCACCACAAGGUGACACCUGCCAAGUUAGAGUCCCUGCUGAAGUCACUGGAGCCUCCCAAGGACAGUGGAGAAGCCUUGAAGGAGCUUUACAACCAGCUCAGCAAAAAACUGGAACUCCGCAAGCCCAGCCCUGUCCAGGGCGCAGCCGACACACCCACUGUGGACUUGCCCCUGCCAGCAGUGGCCCCGCCGACCUCACUCUAGGCUGUGCUCCCCCUGAGCCUGUAGAACAAAGUUUCUUGUGUUAAUCUCACAGCAGAGACUAGACCCACGUCUUGAUUCCUGAUACAAACCAGUCAUAAUCUUUUACCUGUCUUUCGGACUUGGGUUGCCUCAUCUCAUCUGGUCUGUUUCCCUAGAAGACAGCUCUGCCCUCAAGAGUGGUCUUCUGGGGCAAAUUUGAUAUAGCUGUUAUUAAAAAAAGAAAACUGCCUUUAGUCUCCGUCUGGGAAACAGGUGGGGUAUAAAUAUAAUAGUAACAAUAAUAAUGAAUUAGUUUUAUGGGGGAUAGGAAACUGACCAUCUAUGUACGGUUUUUUUUAAAUAAAAAAACAACCUAAGUUAUUUUAGAUGUUCGCAUAUAGAGAAGCCUAGUAAUUUAAUGAGAAUGAAUUAUUUGUGAAGCUUGGCUUUUUUAGCGAGGACACUGAAAUAAUGUUUCAGUGGCUGCCAAAACAACAAGAACAACAACACCAUUAACAGAAUAACUAAAAAGAAUAAACUAAAAAAAUGAAAGUACAUGGUACAACAUGUAAAUUACGGUACGUAUGGAAUUUACUUCUCAAAGGGUUGGAUUCAUAUAAUCGUAGAAUGUUAGAGUUAGAAGAGAUCCAUGGAAAAUUUACACAAAAUUGCCAUUCUGUUGUUUUUAAAUUCUUCCUUUGAUGAAAAUAUUCCUGGUUCUUUAAGAAUUUGCAAGCCCCAAAGGGAUACGGUGGUUUUUGCAAUAAUUUUUCGGUUCUUUGCAUGAGUUUCUAAUUUCAUGUUUUUCAUAAAUGUUGACAUUUAUCCUAAAUAACUGAGUCACUAGGUGUAUUCAUCAUAGAAUUGUAGAGUUGGAAGGGAUGGGUCAUCUAAUCUAACCUCCCGCAAUGCAGGAAUCUCAACACAUGGUCCCCCAUCCAAUUUGAGACUAUGCCACCCCCUGCUUACGGUAGCUUUGCAAAUGUGCUUGCAAGUGGCUGCAGAAAGCACAUGAGGAGCUGCUUGGGGCUGAACAAGGUGGGCAGGUGGGUAAGUGCUGUGGCCCUGGAACUUCUUCCUGCUCAUGGAAGCACAUUAAAAUCUUUAUGCUACAUAUGUAGAGGCUGAUAAUGUUUUGCCAUGAGUGUAUUGCUCACACUGGCUUAAUUCAGACAACUCUAAUGAACUAAUUACAUUAUUAGUAACACACAUAUCAGCUGAAAGUCUUCAAGGUGGCAACAAGACAAAACAACAUUACAAAAUGAUACAUGCUCUCCCCUAUAAUACUUGUUCAGUGCUAAUUAUACGGUAAUUUGCCACCAUGACCCCUCAGUCGGCAAAUUACUUCUACUCCAAACUAGACUCAGAAACAUCCUCCAACCAUAGUUUUGAAUUCUGGUUAGUGUUUCCCAUUUUGGAUCUCGUAGCAAACUAUGGACAUGUCAAAGACCUGGAGAAGGAAGUUGCCCGGAAGCCCGCAGUUCGUUGUCAGGCUAUGACGGAAGGUUUAUCUUAAUUGUGCCACUCUUUGCUACUCACUACACAAGUUAUCUUAAUGUUGCAGAGAUUGUGGAAGUCAUCAGUAUUUUUACAUUUUCAGUGCAGAAAACCCUGCAUCGGAUGAAGAGAUACUCAUUAGCUUUAAUGCAAAAGGGAGAGUGGGGAAUAAAUAAAGUCAGAGUAUUUCAUAUAGGCAGCAUGAGGAGGAAGAUGCUGAAGGGGUAUAAAACUUAUUUCCUCAGUAAGAAAGAUGACUUCGUUGUAAAGCAUAUGCCAUGCAGAGAAUGUUAUUGUACUGAUAUGUGAAUCAGCUGUUCUGCUCAAGCUCUGUUAAACAGCACAGCAUCAAUGACAGUUAAAAUAAAUAUUGUGGAAGGGCAACAUUCUGUAAAUUGAACC